UGUUCCGCUAAAUACUCAGAAUGGGCGAAGUGUGCCUUUAAGAAAAAGUUUGGGAAACAUUGCUCUUUGUAUUUCACGUGUUUUGAUGAUGUGUAGAAAUUAGGACAAACUCUAAGACGCUCGUGAUGAUUUAACUUUUUGAUUGCAACAUCAGCCGAAAGCUCUGUUUGAUAUCUAUUCAAGAAAAUCAAACAUUUGAUACACAUGGAGCACCGUAGUCUACAUCUAGAGAGACAACUUUGACAGAAAUCCAUUCAAUAGAAAAAAAAGAUCGUAGACACAGAGAAUAGUUGUGUCUCACUGGGGACUGUCAUUUUGUGUGUCUCUCUCGAGACAUUUGGUGUUGUGUCUCUUUCAGUGCUGUCAUUUGAUGUGUCUUUUUGGAGAGUGUCAUUUGGUGUUUGUCUCGGGACUGACAUUUAGUGUGUCUCUUAUAGUGAAGGUUUUUAUUCUUGGAGAGUGACCAUUCAAUUAGUCAGUGAAAAUUUAUUUGUCUUAGUUGUUCAUCGAUUGUUUAUUUCUUAAGAAACAAACAGUUCGUAAUAAUCCAAAGCAAAAUUUGGCACAUUCUAUGGCGUGUGUGACAUGCACUUACCUAUACCAACCUUCUGUCUUCAGAGGUUCUCACGUCUAGAUGCACUUUAGUUGACAAUGACUCACAAUACUGACUUGAGUUUUUAACUGCUACUUUCACUUUGAUUAUAAGAUAUGAAUUCUAGAGUCUUGCGGGAAAUCCCGCUCAGAAUUUUACACGGUAAAGUUGGCGACGAGCGUGUUAAUCUUCUGCAGGCCUGCUACGACAACCCAAUCUUCGACCAAGAGGACUCUAGAGCCUAUGCAACCCAGAAUGGACCCAGCCGAACAGGAAAACCUGGAGACUACGGAGCCGACGCCUUCGAAGACGGGAUGGAAGGUCGAGGCUACGCCACCAACUGCCGUGUGGAUUCGUGUCACGUGGCCAACGAUUAUAUGCACUCUCUCCCUGUGUCGCCGCCUCUGCGCAAUGACAUUGUGUUCCGAUCACACCGGAAGCGGUCACGGAUCAUCCUGUUCCUUCUUGUGUUCCUGGUUGUCAUGGCAGCCAUCACAGUUGGUUUAUUGUUUCACUUCGUAGGUACUUCUACUCAGACUUCAUCUUCUAUAAGCACAUCACAAGUAUUAACGUUCACUACUGUACAGGGAAGCCUUAGAAUCAUCGCUGGGCCUUUUUCUGUGUAUACCCCGAGUCUGGCGGAUUCCUCGUCUCCGACUUUCAUUUAUUUUCGUAAUGCUUUUGUUUUUAAGAUGGACACACUGUUCAUGUCAUCAAGUCUUGCUAAUAUGUAUAACAAAACCCAGAUGUUGAAUGUUAGUGGCAAUAAAAGUCACGUGUUGAUCAAUUUUGUCAUGCUGCCCCAGUCACGAUUCACUGCCUCCUCCAUGUCAGCAUUAACUGACAGCAUCCGCUCUGUAAUUGUGAGCGGAAUGAGAACUAGUAUCUUUGUCAUUGACACUGGUUCCUUAGAGCUCAAAGCUAUGAAACCACUCACAGGGUACACUGUCACUCCAGGUGAAUGCCAGCCUAUUGUCGUGUCUGAAUGUGUGAAUCAGACUUCGUACAACCUUACCUCCGUCCCAAACCUACUAGGUCACAGAUCCCAGGCAGAGACUGAACAGUACCUCAAGAAAAAUCACAACAUGUUAUUUGUGAAUCCGUGUCACUUGUACGUAACAGAAUUCUUCUGUUCGGUAUUCGUUCCCGAGUGUGGACCUCAAGGGAAACAAAUCCCACCAUGUCGUAAAUUUUGCAAUGAUGUCUUGAGACAGUGUCAUUCUGAAGUGCUGACCAAAGUCAACAGAGAUGGCAGUCAGACAAUCUUUACAUGUGAUGACCUACCAGAUAGUUCUGACCCUCAAGUCUGCAGACAGCAUCCAUUCGAGAAUUUACCUCCUGGUACCUGUAUUCCCAGUACUCAAUUUUGUCACGACAAGGGCUACAACCAAACAUCGUAUCCCAACCUUAUUGGAGGAGUGCAGGUUGAGUCAAAUCAUCAUAACUUUGCUAUCAUUGAAACUAUUCAGGUGACCACAAGAUGUUUUCAGCACAGCAUGUUGUUCGCCUGCUACUUCUUCUCCCCUCCAUGUACUGGCCGCCCAGUCCCACACAACACCCUCCCAGUCUGCUCAAGUCUCUGUCAAGAGUUUCGUGACAAAUGUGAGAUAUUUCUAGACAUCUUUGACAUCUCGUUCCCCAAGCAUAUCAACUGCUCAGACCUGCCAGACUCUCCAGACCCAAAUGUUUGCGUUGGCUACCAGGAAGCAAGAGAGUUGGAUGAUGACCAUUUAACUUGUCCUCCAGGAGAGAUUCGCUGUAAGGAGUCCAAAUGUAUCAAGAAGUCCUGGCUGUGUGAUGGUUACCAAGACUGUGAUGACAACUCAGACGAGGCAAACUGUGCUAUAUGUCCGAAGGGCCAAGUGUCCUGCUCCCCAGCCAACGGUCAGUGUAUCCAUAAAAAUCAAAGCUGUGAUGGUAUGGAUGACUGCUAUAUGUCAGCCGAUGAACACUUCUGUGUUCAGAUAGAGACUAACACAGCUAAAGAUUUACUGAUCGCCUAUAACUCUCUGACCACUCAAUGGGAGGAAGUCUGCCAAGACAACUGGACACAGGCUAUGUCUUCAUUGGCCUGCAGCCAACUGGGAUAUCAAAAAGUCCUGACCACAUAUUACACUCCAGCCAACAAUUCGUUGAGGAAAUCUUUGCUCUCUGAGCGCAGGAACGGAAGUGACCCGAGCAGACUUCAGAGCUAUCUUGCUAAAGGCCUCCAAUCAUGUCCAAGUGGCUUUGUGGUCAGAUUGGUUUGUAUGGAUCCUGAAUGUGGUACACGUCCCGCCUACUAUAGGUCACCGCUGAGAAUUAUGGGUGGAGAUGACGUCAAACCAGGGACAUAUCCUUGGAUGGUUUCACUCCAUGGCGGGAGGAAUCAAGUUUUCUUCUGUGGAGCCACAAUUAUUCACGAACAGUGGGUUAUGACAGCUGGUCACUGUGUCGGGGAAGGAGACACCACCAACUUAACCUACUGGACAAUCAAGACAGGAAACACCAGACGUAUUGCCUACUCCAAACACUUACAGGUCAGAAAACCCUUGGCCAUCAUCAAGCAUCCUGCAUUCAGUAUUAAAACUGUUGAGAACGACGUGGCCCUGAUCAAACUGGACAAACCACUGGCCAUGAAUGACUUUGUCAGACCGAUUUGUUUACCUGAGAUGCAACCAGAAACCGGAACACGUUGUUACGCCGUUGGCUGGGGAAAGAACAGUGAAAAAGCUUUAUUUUAUGAGUCCAACUUAAAACAAGUUCCAGUGGAUGUAACUAACUGGGAUUACUGUAAACAUGCUACCAGUAAUAAUGAACAUUUUUCAGGCGUUCCUUUCAAUUUAACUCAGACAAUGUUCUGUGCUGGCGGAUCAAGUCUACAUGAUGCUUGUCAGGGUGACAGUGGCGGCCCUUUGUUAUGUCGCAAGGAGAACACUACAGACGAGUGGUAUCAGGGAGGAAUCGUGUCUUGGGGAGUUGUCUGUGGCACCCCGAACACCCCUGGUGUAUACACCAGACUUAUCCUGUACACCAACUGGAUACAUGAGACUAUAGCCAACAACACUGGACCAUAAGACUGACCAGCCAGACUCGACCAUAAGACUGUAACCAGUCAGACUGGACCAUAAGACUGUAAUCAGCCAGACUGGACCAUAAGACUUUAACCAGCCAGACUUGACCUAAGACUAUAACCAGCCAGACAUGACCUAAGACUCUAUCCAGCCAGACUGGACCAUAAGACUGUAAUCAGCCAGACUGGACCAUAAAAUUGUAACCAGCUAGACUCGACCAUAAAAAAAAAGACUGUGACCAGCCAUACUCGACCAUAAGACUGUGACCAGCCAGACUGGACCAUAAGACUCUUACCAUCCAGACUGGACCAUAAGACUCUUACCAGCCAGACCGGACCAUAAGACUGUAAUCAGCUAGACUGGACCAUAAAACUGUAACCAGCUAGACUCGACCAUAAGACUUUGAUCGGCCAGACUCGGCCAUAAGACUGACCAGCCAGAUUCGACCAUAGGACUGUAAGCAGCCAGACAGGCCCACAAGACUGUAACUAGCCAGAAUGGCUCAUGUUACUAAUACCAGCCAGACUGGACCUUUGUACUGUAACCAGCAAGACUGGACCAUUGUACUGUAACCAGCAAGACUGGACCAUUGUACUGUAACCAGCAAGACUGGACCAUUGUACUGUAACCAGCAAGACUGGACCAUAAGAUUAACCAGCGGUUAUCAGCCAGACUAGGCUACUUCAGCCAACGAGACAGAAAUGAACUAUGAAACUAUGUCACUAGGACACCGUCGUUGAACCAUGAGACGGUACUACAAAACUAAGGAAUAUAGCCAACAUCAAUGGACCACCAAGAGCCAUGAAAGAUUGCAUUGCUCUUAAGCUGGUGUUCAAUGUAUAGACCUAGACUUUGUGUUGUCUGCCAUCGUGUCUAUGAUGUCCUAUAUCUAUUAUGAAUUACUGAUACGGUAUCUACUAAAUGUACGAGUGAUAGCUGGUUUAAUAUGUUGAAAGAAAGAGGGUGAUAUUCGAUGUCAUUUACUUUGAUCGUGAUUUUAAAUACUAUAAAUUGUAUUGAGAGUAUGUUGCAGGUGACGCGAAUUAUUUUAAAGGCUCCUGUCGGCCAUUUAAAAUAUACUAUAGGGCUAUAAUAGAACAUACAUGCUAUGGCUGUCUAUACAUUACAUUCAUUUGUUGUAAGUCUUUCUGGUGUUAUUGGAGAGAAUAUAUAUAUAUAUAUAUAUAUAUAUAUAUAUAUAUAUAUAUAUAUAUGUUUUAUCACUGUUCAUUUUCUAGACUAUCAGUGUGAGUCUGAGCGCUGGGACUGGUAAUUAGGAGACUUUCUGUUAGUGUGGUUUUGAGACAAUCAAACCUAUGAGCUACACUUCUGCUCGAGUUUGUUCUCUACUGCAAUGCUGUGUUGUUGUUGCUUUUGUUUUUACUUUUGACAUGAUCACACUUUAGUCUAUGUUUAAAAAACACACACGCAUCAAGUCGUAUAUUUCUUUUGUUAUUUUAGUUGUCAACAGAUUGAAAGUUGUGUGCAAAGACCAACUCACUGAACCGCUCAGUUGAUGUAGAUCUAUCAUGUGACUUGCGUGGGUUAUGGUUGCUGUGUUCCACAAAAUGGCGGGAAAAGCAAAACAACCUUUUGACAUCGUGUGCUAUAACAUUUUUCAUAUAUAUAUGUGUGUGUGUGUGUGUGUGUCAUGUUGAAAUCAAGGUUUAGAAAAAAAAAUACGAAAAAAAAAAUCUCAUCCUAAUGUUUUGUAUAGACCUACAAUGAUGAUCGCUUUGUCCAUAAAUAUCAUAACACUGUACUUUAUGAUAUAACCAAUUAUUCAUUCGCUAAUUCUAUUAUUUGUUCUGGUAUGUGAAAUCCUCAUAUUAAACCUUUAGAAUUCCACAUCUUAGACGUUGGGUUAAUUGCCAACUUUACUAAUGAAGACUGCAACACUCACACACCAAAUGGCAAUAAAUAGCCUCACCCCCUUUUUUUUCAAACGUGAUUAUUGAAUGUGACAAAUACUUAAUAUGAUUUAUAUUUCCUCCCUCUUGGCAUAUAUAUGUAUCCAAAACAUAGAAUCUUGAACCUAAUAUCUCCUCAUUCUUUAUAGAGGAAGUGGAUCACUCAUUCCUUGAUUUUCUUCUGUUUAUUGAUGAUUUUUUUUCCUCUCCACUUUUGAUGUUUCGACUACUAGCUUUGCUAAUUAGUGGAGACGGUUUUAGAUUAAGUGAAUAGCUUAUUUAAAUCAAAACAAUAACCGUGACUUGUAUAUAUGUGAUUAUUGUUAAUGGUUAUUGUAUUUUGGGCAAUAUCAUCCAAUCAAUGUCAUUGUUUCUCUGAGCAUUACACUUCCCAAAAAGACGUUUAUUUUGUUGUUGUUUUGAACCCAGCUGUAUUGGACAGAAAUGAGAUGGACACAUGUGUACAGACUAUGUCAAUGUGUACAGACUAUGUCAACAUUCAGAAAGUUGUCUUUACUCUUAAUAGUUUCCUAUUUAUUAGUAUUAUUUAGUGAUCCGGAAUUCCAGAACUAUUCUAAUACUCUUUCAAAUCUGCUGUAAAUAAUAGAUAAUUGGGCACGCUGCCUGCACUAACUGUUUUGGCUUGUGAUUCCAAGCAGAUCUAAGACUUGCUAAGAAACUAGGAAAACAUUGUUUCGUAAUGUAAUCCAUGAACCAAACCAUUUUACUUGUCUACGUGUUACUGUGUCUUGUGUCACUCAGGCCAUCAAGAGUAGACUUAUUUCCAGGGUAAGGUAGGCUGACCAAGAAAUAAAAAAAGAAAAGCAAAUGAA